AUGGCGGACCCGGCCCGAGAGGCGCUCAGUGCCGCCGCUGCCCCGGAGCCGCCUCCUGCAGGCUCGUCCCCGCCCGCCACCGGCGAUGGGGCGGCGGCCGCAGGAGACGCGGCAGCCGCAGAGGGAGCGGGAGAAGGCGAGGUGGGGGAGGCUGGCGGUGGCAGCGAGCUCAAGGCGGAGGUGGCGGACGGGGAGGUGAGGAGCGCGGACGGGGACGCGGAGGACCCGGGGCUGCAGGCAUGCGCGGCCCGGAAGGUGAAGCUGGAGCUGAAGGAGCGGAAGGAGAAAAAGCAGAAAGUGGACGAGGACGAGAUCCAGAAGAUGCAGAUCCUGGUCUCCUCCUUUUCCGAGGAGCAGCUGAACCGGUACGAGAUGUAUCGCCGCUCUGCCUUCCCCAAGGCUGCCAUCAAACGGCUCAUCCAGUCCAUCACCGGCACCUCCGUGUCCCAGAAUGUCGUCAUUGCCAUGUCAGGCAUCUCCAAGGUGUUUGUUGGGGAGGUGGUGGAGGAAGCUCUGGAUGUGUGUGAAAAGUGGGGGGAGCUUCCCCCCCUACAGCCCAAGCACAUGAGGGAGGCCGUCCGGAGGCUGAAGGCACGUGGGCAAAUCCCCAACUCCAAGUACAAAAAGAUCAUCUUCCACUGAGGGAGACUGAAAUGAGCUUCCUGAAGGACCUUCCCAUGUGGACUCUUCCUUAAGGCCCCUGUGGGGUGGCCUGUGAGACCUUAAGGAUGUUCCUGCUGUCCCUACCCACACUGGGCAGAGCCUGGAUGCACCCCUGACCUGGACUUGGGGUCUCAAGACAGCAGGGAGAGGAACAUCCAAGAGCUGCAGAGCAGAGGUGUUGCUUUUUUUUUUUUUUUUUUGUACAUUAAACUUAUUAUAGUGUUCA